ACACACAAUGGCCCGGGGCCAUUGCCAGUACUGAGUGGACCACGCAUACGUUUGUUGGGACCCAUCUUGGCCAUAGAGGCUGUUACAGGAGAAGAUUCGGGUGUCUACAAGUGUACGGCCAGCAAUGUGGGCGGCGAAGCAAGUGCCGAACUACGUCUUUCAGUGGCCACACCCAUUCAGGUGGAGAUACAGCCAAAUAUCCUCAGUGUGCACAUGGGUGGCACAGCCGAAUUUCGAUGCCUUGUCACCAGCAACGGCAGUCCGGUGGGCAUGCAAAACAUUCUCUGGUACAAAGAUGGCCGUCAAUUACCAUCAUCGGGCCGCAUUGAGGACACUCUAAUUGUGCCACGAGUUGGACGCGAGAACCGAGGCAUGUACCAGUGUGUUGUGCGACGUCCGGAAGGCGAUACUUUCCAAGCCACUGCCGAAUUGCAAUUAGGAGAUGCCCCACCCGUUUUGCUGUACAGUUUCAUCGAGCAAACAUUACAACCGGGUCCGGCAGUAAGUUUGAAAUGCUCAGCAGCCGGAAAUCCAACACCACAGAUUUCAUGGACAUUGGACGGAUUUCCAUUGCCAUCCAACGGAAGAUUCAUGAUUGGUCAAUACAUUACCGUACACGGUGAUGUCAUUAGCCACGUUAACAUUACCCAUGUCAUGGUCGAGGAUGGUGGCGAAUAUGCCUGCAUAGCAGAGAAUCGUGCUGGACGUGUUCAACAUGCUGCCCGAUUAAAUAUUUAUGGCCUUCCUUAUAUACGAAUAAUUCCUAAGGUCACAGCUGUAUCUGGUGAAACAUUGAAUUUGAAAUGUCCCGUAGCUGGAUAUCCCAUCGAAGAGAUUCAUUGGGAGCGUGGAGGACGUGAGCUGCCAGACGAUAUAAGACAGCGAGUGCAGCCAGAUGGAUCAUUGUCCAUAUCACCGGUGCAAAAGAAUACCGAUUCUGGGGUCUACACAUGCUGGGCACGCAACAAGCAAGGCCACAGUGCUCGUCGCAGUGGCGAAGUAACUGUUAUUGUCCCACCCAUUAUAGAACCAUUCGUCUUUCAAGAUGGCCUGGCCGAAGGUAUGCGAACGCGCACCGUUUGCGGAGUUUCACGUGGCGAUCCGCCUUUAAAAUUGACUUGGCUUAAGGAUGGUGAGCCCCUGCCCGAUUUGUUGGGGGCCAAUGUCACCAUGUUAGAUCAGUAUUCGUCAUUGCUAAGCAUACCUUCGCUCUCGGCUUCACAUUCGGGCGAAUACACCUGCGUUGCCAAAAAUCCCGCUGCCGAGAUCAAAUACAACGCACUGUUGCAGGUUAAAGUGCCACCCCGUUGGAUUGUUGAACCAAGCGAUGCAAAUGUCGAACGCAAUCGUCAUAUAAUGCUGCACUGUCAAGCCCAGGGAGUCCCUACUCCCAGUAUUGUUUGGAAAAAGGCAACGGGCAGCAAAUCAGGCGAAUAUGAAGAGGUGCGUGAACGACCCUUUACAAAGCUGCUGUCCAAUGGCUCGUUACUGCUGCAGCAUGUCAAAGAGGACCGUGAGGGUUUCUAUUUGUGUCAGGCGAACAAUGGCAUCGGCACCGGAAUUGGUAAAGUGAUACAACUAAAAGUUAAUUCAUCGCCCUAUUUCCAAUCGACAUCACGCUCGGUGACGGUGAAAAAGGGUGACACAGCGAUACUGCAGUGCUCGGUGAGCGGUGACAAGCCGAUUAAUAUCGUUUGGAUGCGUUCCGGUAAAAGCACUCUCAAUCCAUCGACAAAUUACAAAAUUUCAGUAAAACAGGAGGCAACACCCGAUGGUGUUUCAGCUGAAUUACAGAUUCGUUUAGUAGAUGCCACCGAUAGUGGACCAUAUUUUUGUCGAGCCAGCAAUUUGUAUGGCAAUGAUCAGCAAUUGGUACAACUCCAAGUGCAAGAGCCACCCCAACCACCUUCAGUGCUAGAGGCAGCCAUGAUAUCUAGUCGUUCUGUUAAUCUUAAAUGGCAACCAAAGGCACAAAAUUCAGGUGAUGUCUCCAAAUACAUUGUGGAAUAUAAAGAAAUGGAUGCUCCCGGGUUUCUGGACCAAUGGCAACAUGUGGACAUUAAAGAUCCACCCAGCUACAAUGCCCUUAUUGAAAAUCUUAAGCCAGCCACACGAUAUGCCUUUCGGGUUAUAGCUGAAGGCACGGCGGGUCGUAGUUCACCGAGCCAGGAAUUGGUUAUCAGAACUGAACCCCAGCGACCAGCAGGACCUCCCUUAAAUUUAUCAGUUCGUCCUUUAUCUUCUACCGAACUUUUGGUCAGUUGGAUUGCCCCAUUGGCCGAGUUGAGACAUGGUGACAUACAAGGCUAUAAUGUGGGCUACAAAUUGGCAAGUUCUGGUACAACAGCCUACAACUUUACCUCUGUAUCGGGAGAUGGUGAUGGUGGCACCGGAGAACUUUUACUAACGGGCCUACAACGUUACGCCCGCUACAAUGUGGUUGUGCAAGCAUUUAAUCAAGUAGGACCUGGUCCUCUGUCGGAACCAGCUUCUGCUCAAACUAUGGAAGAUGUUCCUAGCCGUUCGCCCGAAGACAUUCGUUGUGCUGCCCUUACCUCACAAUCGCUACAAGUCUCAUGGCAACCGCCUCCUAUUCAUCAUACAAAUGGCAUUCUGCAAGGCUACAAACUGAUAUUCGAACCUAUUUUGGAUGACUAUUCGCCAAGCAAGGAUGAAGUUGAAUCACGUAAAACCACUGCCCUAACAACCGUCCUUACGGGCCUACGCAAAUUUACCAACUACAGCAUACAAGUGUUGGCCCAUACACGCAUGGGUGAUGGUAUGCUCUCCAAUUCCAUUUACUGCCAUACCGAAGAAGAUGCUCCCGAAGCGCCUGCCGAUAUUAAAGUGGUUGCAAGUUCUCCAGUGUCUCUAUACGUUUCAUGGCUGCCUCCUGCCGAACCUAAUGGCGUAAUCACCAAAUAUAAUCUCUAUACACGUGUUGUCAAUGGCCGCGAAGAGCUGAACAAUGAAAAGAGAAGUCUUGCCUCGCAGCAAACUUAUUAUGAGGCAAAAAAUUUACAUGCCCACAUGGAGUAUCAGUUUUGGGUAACCGCCUCUACUCGAGUGGGCGAGGGCAAAAGUUCCAAAGUUGUCUCACAGAUUACCACAAGUCGAGUGCCAGGACGCAUUGUCUCCUUUGGGGGACCCAUAGUUAGACCUUGGCGUUCUACAGUCACUCUGGCCUGCACAGCAGUGGGCAAACCCAAAAGGGAAUGGUUCAAGGCCGAUGUGCCUCUGCGCCAAGGAGGUUUACAAAGCACCCAGUUGCUGGAUUCUGGAGAUUUGAUCAUAUCGAACCUACAGGUAUCAGAUAGUGGCAAUUAUAGUUGUCAGGUAGACAAUGGCAUAGGAUCGGAUCGCCUUACCCAUGCCUUACUGGUGCAGGUGCCUCCCUCUUCGCCGGUUUUGUAUGUGACCAGUGCCACCACGAGCAGCAUACUCAUGCACUGGAAAUGUGGCUUCACUGGCAAUGCCCCCAUCACAGGUUACACACUUUACUAUCGUCGCACUCCCGGUAACAUUGAGGAGAAACAAUUAUCCCGCCAUGCCUCUAGCCACGAGUUGAAAGGCUUGGUUUGUGGCAGCACCUAUCAGAUUCAUUUGACAGCGCACAAUAAAGUGGGUACCUCACCAGCCAGUGUUACACUGCAUGUACGAACUCAGGGACAAUCGCCGGGAGUGCCUUCGACCACAACCCUCAUAGCUCCAAAUUCGACAGGUGUUAGCAUACGAUUACAUACAUGGCCCGACAAUGGUUGUCCCAUGUUGUAUUUUGUUUUACAAUACAGACCGGUGUUGGAUGGUCCCGAAAAGGAUUGGAUUCUAGUGUCAAAUGCCCUGAAACCGCAGCGACGCUUUGUAAUAUCGGGUCUCCAACCAUCCACACUCUAUCAAUUGCGCAUGGAAGCACACAAUGUGGCUGGCGUGUCCCAGGCCGAGUUCUCAUUUGUCACGCUCACCAAGGAUGGUGAUCCCCCACCGCCGGAGAUAGUGCAGCGUGGCCAGCGGGGCACGAACGUGUUCUACGGAAAUGUUAACCUAUUGAUACCGAGCAUUGCAACCGUAUCUGGAAUGAUAUGCACCAUAGCACUGGUCUUCAUGUGCUACCGACACAAACAAACAGGACGCAUACAAAAGGAAUCAUUGGAAAAUCGCCAAAAUUCAGAAGCAGCACAGCGUGAGCGUUACUAUGCCACAAUACAUAAGGUUUCAAUGCAAAACAACGAGAAAAUACCAGAAACGUCAGAGGAUAUAUCACCAUAUGCCACAUUUCAACUGUCCGAAAGUGGCAACAUGUCCCAGCCCCAUCAUGCUGGUCCCGCAAAUACACUGCUGCAUUCGUUUAUGUAUCACGAGCGAGCCCUAACGGAGGGCUGCUCGUCGACUCCACCUGCUGCGUCUUCCAAAAAUCGACGACGUCAUUCCCGCAAGACUGAGCCCGAAAGUGAAGAAUCAGAAUCGGAUCAGGAUCAGCUGACCUCAAGUCGGACAGAGUCUUCCAAUCAACAUGAGGGCAAAAUGAAGCACAGUAUCAUCUACCAUGGGGCACAAUCAAGCACAUCCUCUGAUCUAUCACCAAUGUCCGAACAAAAAUCAUUGCCACGUCGCGGUCGUUCAAGGUAUCAUCAUCAAUUAUAUCAGUUUUCCACCAACACAACACCGCGACAUCAUAACAAUAGCAAAAACUCUUCCAGCAAUAAUCCAAACAAGAUCCUCUCGCCACGCAGUGGUGUCGCCAAUCUCAAGUCCAUAUCGAGCACAUUUAAGUCGCAAGACUCCAUACAGUGCCACAUACCCACAUUGGUUAAGUCACCAUCUGUUACACAACAACAAAAACAACACCAACACAAUUCACAGUUACAACAACAACAAUCACAGUCCUCCAAUAUUAACAACUCCAGUAGUUUUACCAGUAGCAAUUGUAGCAAAUUAUCACAACAACCCCUUCUCGUAACACCCAAAAUUGCACCACACCACUCCCAGCAACUUCAAAUGAACACUGGCCAACACCCACAUCACCUCCAUGCAACCGACUUGCUAGACAAUAGUAGUUGUACCAACUCCCUUGCAUCUGUAGCCCCCACCCUGGCAUGCAUGCAACCAUCAUCACAAUUUCGUCCUAUAGCCCACAAGGCUGAUGAGGGCCUCUCCGGGGGUACUCUCUUGAAUCCAUCAACAGCCCCAUUGUCGUCGAAAUUCUUUACAGCACCCACUCUGCCCAAAUAGGAUACGGCCCAUGGGGGCAAUGUAGACAGCGGCGGCAGUCUGGUCGAUAGCGAUGCCAUUGUCAAUAGUUUUGGCUAUAAUAUCGGCGAGAUUUCCUGCACCUACAUGAACCCCAUCGAUCAAAAAAUUGACUAUGAGUCAUAGAAUUAGCCUAAAAUUAACACAUUCAUAGAUUAAGUUAGACAAGGACUAAGUUGACUAGACUAUCACUAUAUUGAAUAAUGUACAUAUAAAAGGAUACGACGAAGGUUUUUUUUGCGGUAUAUUUUAUAUUUUUUAAGAUUCAACGAUACAUACAUUGAAACCAUUUCCAAUGAGAACAUCUGAAUAUAUAGGAAAAAAAGGUAUUUGGCGAUGCGUUCUUCAAUAAUAGGUCCGACUUGUUUGUGUAAAACAUUCCAACUUAUAAUAAAUGGUUGAAUAUGAUGGUAAUUUUGUAAAAAUGUAAAUUUUAUUAUUUAAUUGAGAUUUCAUUGCAGAAUAUUGUAAGGAAUAUUUAAUGCCUUUCUGUGCAAAGAAUAGCACAGCAAAAAAACAUCUAAA